AUGAAUUCGAACUUCGGAAAAAGAUCAUCUGGGUCGAUCAAUAGCUUUGAUUUCGACCUCGGUCUCGGAUCGAGCCAAGGUAGACCUCUGAAUGGUCAAAAGAGCCAAACAUCUUCUUAUUCGAGCUCGAAUUCGCAGCCGAGACCCGCGUGGCAGCCCGGUAAGCCUUCGUGGACGCAUCAACCGGCUCCGAAGCAGACGACGAUCCGAUCUGAGAUUGGAAGUGGACCGACUUCAAUGGUCGGUGAUAUUCACGGUAAGACUUGGGGUUCAUCUUCCGGAUCGGGUUCUGGUAUUGGGAUUGUGAACAAGGAUCCUAGCUUGUUCGGAGAUUUGGUAGGAUCAGCCAUUGGAAAAUCCAGCGGAAACGUGCCGUUGAAGAAUGCCCCGCCUGCUUCGGCUACAGGUUCGAAUAAGAGCCCUUAUUCCAUGGGGAAUUUAGCUGAUUCGUUGCCCAAAUCGGGUAAUUCGAUGAAAAGUGGUGGUGGUUGGGGUUAUAGCAGUAAUCCGGGUGGUGUUUCAGGCGGAUACACAAGCUCCGGCGGUAGUAAUUCCGGUGUUAAUGUUAAUAGCAGCCUGAAGACUCCAAAUCUUGGAGGUCCUUCAAUGAAUAAUAUGUCUGGGAACAAUCUAAGUGGCUCUGGUUUUCCUUCGAACAGCGAUCCGUUUGGUUCGUUGGUCGGGUUAGCAACAAAAUCAUCAGGAAGCAUGAAUGCUGGAAGCAAAACGGGAAAGGCUAGCAACAAUGUACAGAGUGAUUCUUUUGGGAAUUUCCAGAAUUCAUCCCAAUCGAAUCCAAACAGUGGCGGUUUUGCGGGAUCAACCCCUCAAAACAACGACUUUGGGGAUUUUCAGAACGCCGCGAAACCAAACACAUUCUCAUCAGGCGGGUUUACCGGCUUCAAUGCUUCAAACAUUGAUUUUGGUGUGCAAUCAAAUGUUCCCCAAACCACAAGUGCAAACGAUGAUCCAUUAGGAAUGUUCUCUGGUUCAAAUGCCUCAGCUGCACCGGUUACACCGCAGACUGAAGAUUGGGGAUUUGAAAGUUUUGAUGGUGGAGCUGAUUCGGGUGGCGGUUCCACCACCGAGCUUGAUGGGUUGCCACCACCUCCACCAGGUGUAUCAGCUACAUCAGCUAAGAGCAAGGGCAUUGAUAACCAGAGACAAGGUCAGUACGCUGAUGCCAUAAAGUGGCUCUCUUGGGCUGUGAUUCUUAUGGAGAAAGCUGGCGAUCAAGCUGGAUCAGCCGAGGUCCUUUCAACUAGGGCUUCGUGUUACAAAGAAGUUGGAGAGUAUAAAAAGGCUGUAUCCGACUGCACAAAGGUACUUGACCACGACAAGAAGAACGUUACCAUUCUGGUUCAACGAGCACUCUUAUACGAGAGCAUGGAGAAAUACAAACUCGGAGCUGAAGAUCUAAGGAAUGUUCUGAAGAUCGAUCCCGGGAAUAGAAUUGCUAGAAGCACCGUUCAUCGCUUAACCAAAAUGGCUGGUUGA